UCGCAGCUGCCCUCCCCGUCAGCCGCCCUCGCCGCCGCGGUGCGCUGGCUGCAGGAAGCCGCCGCGCCGCCGCUUUUGUUGUCAGGGACUCCGCGAGGAGCGCCGCUCGCCGGCCGCCGCCGCCCUUUCUCACUGCAGCCCGCUCUCCGGCCGCGGGGCCCGGGUUCCGGGCGUCCCGACCGCCCUGCCCAUGAGGGGGCUCCGCGACCACCGCUGCCUCCAGCCCGGGGCGGCGCGGCGCUGAGGCGGAGGCGGCACUGCCACCUCUGCGGGAAGCGGGCAGCUUCUGUCCCCUCCCGGAGGGCACCAUGGAGGUGAAUGCGGGUAAGAGCAGGACUGCGGAGGUUGGGGGCACGGCGGAAGGGGCGAUCGGAGCCCGCUGGGGCACUUCGGGGGACGGCGGCAGGGGGCGGCCCCAGGGCUGGUAGGGUGGGCUGCUGCGCGGUGCGUACUGGCUCGCGCCCGGUUCCCGCGUCGCCCCCGGGGCCGCUCCACGGCCGCCCUCCUAGCUCCCUGCAACGCCGCAGCGCGGCCCGGCGGCGCCGGCCCGGCCCCCCCCUCACAUGGCCCGGCCGCGCGAGCCACGUGCGCGCUGUGUUUACGUUCGGCGGCGCGCGGGCGCCGGUUGGCUGGGCGGGCGCGUGACGCGGCAUUACAUAAUGGGCGCUGAGGCGGCGGCGGCGGGCGGGGACACGUGAGGCCGCUCGGCUCGGUGACCCACAUUCCCCGGGGCCGCAGGGACACGUGGGGGCGGGUGCGCGCGCGCGCCGGCGGGGAGUGCCGCAGCCUUCCGGGAGGCCCCGCCCCCUUGGAACCCUCCGGGCUGUGACGUGGCCGCGAUUCCCUCCUCCCCCGCGGGGUUGCACACUGCGGAGGAGGCCGCGCGUGCGCGUGCGGUGAACCUCGCGCCCGGGCGGUCCCGAGGCGGGCGCGGACGCCGCAGUGCCCCCGCUGCCGCUUUCGCGCCGGGGAGGUGACCCCGACGCGCGGAGCCGGGGCCGGGCAGACGCACCCGCAGCAGACCUUGCGGAUGCUAAGGACGAAGUGCGGGAUCAGGGCGCACCGUUGGCCGAGAAAGGUUCCUCGGGGAAGGCUUCGUGCUUCCCAACGCGAGACGCCUUAAAGGAGCUCCGAGGUGCUUCGAUGUCGAGCAACGCCGUGCGCUUGGAACGGCACUCGCCCUUGUGCUGCUGCUUCACUAUUUCCAAGAAAAAUGGAGGUGUGAUUGCCUAUAUCAGUUCUUCCAGCUCAGCCUCUAGCCCUGCCUCUUGUCACAGUGAGGGUUCUGAGAACAGUUUCCAGUCCUCCUCCUCUUCUGUCCCAUCUUCUCCGAAUAGCUCUAAUUCUGAUAACAACGGAAAUCCCAAAAAUGGUGAUCUCUCCAGUAUUGAAGGCAUCCUGAAGAAUGAUCGAAUAGAUUGUUCUAUGAAAACAACCAAGUCGAGUGCACCGGGGAUGACAAAGAGUCACAGUGGAGUGACAAAAUUUAGUGGCAUGGUUCUACUGUGUAAAGUCUGUGGGGAUGUGGCAUCAGGAUUCCACUAUGGAGUUCAUGCUUGUGAAGGCUGUAAGGGUUUCUUUCGGAGAAGCAUUCAGCAAAACAUCCAGUACAAGAAGUGCCUGAAGAAUGAAAACUGUUCUAUAAUGAGAAUGAAUAGAAACAGAUGUCAGCAGUGUCGCUUCAAGAAGUGUCUGUCUGUUGGAAUGUCGAGAGAUGCUGUUCGGUUUGGUCGUAUUCCUAAGCGCGAAAAACAGAGGAUGCUAAUUGAAAUGCAAAGUGCGAUGAAGACCAUGAUGAACAGCCAGUUCAGUGGUCAUUUGCAGAAUGAUACAUUAGAACAUCAUGAACAGACAGCCUUACCAGCCCAGGAACAGCUGCGACCCAAGCCCCAGCUGGAACAAGAAAACAUCAAAAGCUCUUCUCCCUCUUCUGAUUUUGCAAAGGAUGAAGUGAUUGGCAUGGUGACCAGAGCGCACAAGGAUACCUUUAUGUAUAAUCAAGAGCAGCGAGAAAACUCAGCAGACACCAUGCAGCCUCAGAGAGAACGGAUUCCCAAGAGCAUGGAGCAAUAUAAUUUAAAUCAUGACCAUUGUGGCAGUGGGCUUAGCAGUCAUUUUCCAUGUAGUGAGAGCCAACAGCACCUCAAUGGACAGUACAAAGGGAGGAACAUAAUGCAUUACCCAAACGGGCAUGCCAUUUGUAUUGCAAAUGGACAUUGUAUGAACUUCUCCAAUGCUUAUACUCAACGAGUAUGUGAUAGAGUUUCAAUAGAUGGAUUUUCUCAGAAUGAGAACAAGAAUAGUUACCUGUGCAACACUGGAGGGAGAAUGCAUCUGGUUUGUCCAAUGAGUAAGUCUCCAUAUGUGGAUCCUCAUAAAUCUGGGCAUGAAAUCUGGGAGGAAUUUUCAAUGAGCUUCACCCCAGCAGUGAAAGAAGUUGUGGAGUUCGCAAAGCGUAUUCCUGGAUUCAGAGAUCUCUCUCAGCAUGACCAGGUCAACCUUUUAAAGGCUGGGACUUUUGAGGUUUUAAUGGUACGGUUUGCAUCAUUAUUUGAUGCAAAGGAGCGUACUGUCACCUUUUUAAGUGGAAAGAAAUAUAGUGUCGAUGAUUUACACUCAAUGGGAGCAGGGGAUCUGCUAAACUCUAUGUUUGAAUUUAGUGAGAAGCUAAAUGCCCUCCAACUUAGUGAUGAAGAGAUGAGUUUGUUUACAGCUGUUGUCCUGGUAUCUGCAGAUCGAUCUGGAAUAGAAAAUGUCAACUCUGUUGAGGCUUUGCAGGAAACUCUCAUCCGUGCACUAAGGACCUUAAUAAUGAAAAACCAUCCAAACGAGGCCUCUAUUUUUACAAAACUUCUUCUAAAGUUGCCAGAUCUUCGAUCUUUAAACAACAUGCACUCUGAGGAGCUCUUGGCCUUUAAAGUUCACCCCUAAGGCCUUUGUUAAUUUAAACAUGAACUGACUCAUGCUAACUGUACAUUUUGUGCUAAUAUGCUUAUUUAUAUGUGUAUACCAUAUGUGGAGAUAGAAAAGACCUUUAAGACAAUACAAGAUUGUAGGCUGUCUCUGUAAUCAUGCGGUAGCUGUUUGGAUUGAGGUUUCUCCAGCCAUGGUUAGACAUUGACCGCAUUUCCCCUAUAGACCAAUCAGCUGUGUCGCACUUAAACUGGAGAAGUUACACUGAAUUAUAGUCACACUGAAUGUUAGACUUUUCAUCUGCCAAAACCAAAAACCAUUUUGAUCUCCCUGUGGUAUAAAUAUAACGCACAAUCACAAGUAUAUGAGGACUUAAAAACUAACCUUUUGUGGUAGAAAUUUUGUUUCUAUGACGAAAACUUGAUUUCACCACAAGCCAUUGGAUCUGGUAAUUGGAGACACUGCAAGUUGGGUGAUCUCCACGUGUGUAUUUUGCUCUACUACCACUGUUAAAGUGUAUGAUCCUGGGCAGGUUUGUUGGUUGUGGAAAAUGAAAAUUGAUCGUGCUCUCAGUGUCCCACCUCACAGAUACGAAAAAAUGUCUAUAAAGCAUAUUUACCUCUUGGGAGAUAGGCACUAUGUAAAUAAGGUAACAUUUUUGUUAUUAUAAUUUUCAUAAUAAUACUCUUUUCUUAUUUCUAAGCAUUUCUGAGAAAUCAUUUCACAGUCCACGCCAACCUAUUAUUCAGGGUUCCUGCAUAUGUGUGGGUAUCCUCUUGGCACACACAUAUUCAAAGUUUAUGGGUACAUCAGAUACAUAGUAUGUGUACAUAAUAUCUCUGUGAACAUAGUUAUACAUAAACACAUUUCUUCACAAUAUUUUAAACUGUGAAGAACUUUAUCAUUCAAUAAACUUAAAACAAGAGGUGUCAAAGACUCAAGUUAGGUGCGUUUUACCUGUUGAUGACAUAACCAUUGCUUUAAAUGUUUAGACAGUAGAAUAUUGAAUUUAUGCUCUAUUUUUAUUUAAGCAGCAUUUAAUGUAAAAGUACAAUAGGCAAGGGGGUCCAAAUUUCAAAAAAUAAUGUGUUUUAGAGUUCAUCUUUGGUAAGAUCUUUAGUUCAGGGUACUAGUUGUUUAAAAGUUCAUUCAGAUUCUUACCUUGUACUAAAAAAGGUUACAAUGCCCCUUAAACACAUGCUGCAGCUUGAUGAAAAAUAUUUUGAUCCUUUUUGGAGAACCAAUCAAUGUUUAAGAAAACUGUUUAAUAUGUUGGCUGUGCGUGUGUGUGUAUGCAUGUGUGCGCAAGUGUGUUCUGAGUCCACUAUUUUUUUUUUUUCCUAAGUGACACUACAGGGAUUUUGUCAGAUUAGAUUAGAUUUAAUCUAGAAUUUGAAAAAAAAAUCAUUUAGUGUGUGACCUACAGGCUUAGAAAUGGUACAGAGACAUUUCAUCCACAUUUCUAAUAUUGGGCUUUAUUAAAUAGAGAAAAUCAGCCUCUGUUGAUGGCAGUGGGAGAAAUAGCCAAAGUUGAGGAUUUUAUGUGUCUUUCUGUUUCCCUGGAAAAUUACAAUUAAUUGGAAUUUUUUGGAAAAGAUUGCCUUCUGUAUAAUUUUGGGAUUAUAUAAAACUUCAAGAAUGGAAAGAGCCUGCUUUACUAUACUCAGCCUGUUACUUUAAUGACAUGUGAGCAGAAUGCCUUAUUUUGUAAUCUUGUUUAACUUGUUGCUACUGGGACUUGAAUUUCUGUGGCACUUGUUAAGUAAGUUAAAAAAAGAAGUUAAAUCCUCUCAUUAUUAAAGAGGAAAGGUGAUGGUGAUGUCUGUAAUACAAUAUAAACCAUAAUUGUGAUUUACCUUACAUUGGUAAGACUUUUAUGGGAUAUACAGUAUAGUUUUUGUGAAUUAUUUACACGAUAGCAUUAUCUUUUUAUAAUUUUUUUCCUAUGAUAAAUGCAUAGUUUUCUUCUAUGGGGGAUAGAAA